GCAGAAAGAAUGUCUAUGCCUAAUGACACGCGGCUCCAUCCUGCCUCAUUCCUUUUGCUGGGCAUUCCAGGGCUGGAAGGUGCACAUGUUUGGAUUGGAUUUCCCUUUUUCUUCGUGUAUCUUGUUGCUCUCCUGGGGAAUGCUGCUGUCCUGUUUGUCAUCCAGACUGAGCAUAGUCUCCAUGAGCCCAUGUACUGCUUCCUGGCAAUAUUGGACUCCAUCGACCUGUGCCUCUCCACAGCCACCAUCCCCAAAAUGCUGGGCAUCUUCUGGUUCAGCCUCAGGAAAAUAUCUUUUGAAAGCUGUCUUACUCAGAUGUUCUUCAUUCACUUCUUUACUGCUAUGGAGAGCAUUGUGUUGGUGGCCAUGGCCUUUGACCGCUACAUUGCCAUUUGUAAACCUCUCCAGUAUGCCAUGAUCCUCACCAGCAAAGUCAUCGGCAUUAUCACAGGCAUUGCCAUUCUGCGGAGCCUGUGCAUGGUGGCCCCACUGGUGUUUCUUCUCCUGAGGCUGCCCUUCUGUGGGCAUCAUGUCAUACCUCAUACCUACUGUGAGCACAUGGGCAUUGCCCGCCUUGCCUGUGCCAGCAUUAAAGUGAAUAUAUUGUUUGGCCUUGGCAACAUUUCUCUCUUAUUAUUGGAUGUGCUUCUAAUUAUUCUCUCCUAUGCCAGGAUCCUCUAUGCAGUCUAUUGCCUGCCUUCCCAGGAGGCUCGACUCAAAGCUCUCAACACCUGUGGCUCCCACAUUGGCGUUAUCUUAGCCUUUUUUACACCUGCUUUUUUCUCUUUCUUGACACACCGCUUUGGCCACAAUAUUCCUCGAUAUGCCCACAUUUUCUUGGCCAACCUAUAUGUGGUUAUCCCACCAGCCCUCAAUCCUGUAAUCUAUGGGUUCAGAACCAAGCAGAUUAGGGAGUGCGUUUUGAGGAUAUUUUUUAAAAGAUAG